AUGGAAGGUGGGAAUGAGUAUAAGAAAGGUCUUUGGACAGUGGAGGAGGACAGAAUUCUAAUGGAUUAUAUAAGGGUGCAUGGAAAAGGGAAGUGGAAUCGUGUUAAUAAAGUCACAGGAUUGAAGAGGGGUGGCAAAAGCUGCAGGUUAAGGUGGAUGAAUUAUCUGAGCCCAAGUGUGAAGAGAGGUGACUUCUCUGAGGAAGAAGAUGACCUUAUCAUUCGACUCCAUAACCUCCUUGGAAACAGGUGGUCUUUGAUAGCUGGACGUGUUCCUGGGAGAACUGACAACCAAGUCAAGAACCAUUGGAACACUCAUUUGAGCAAGAAGCUCGGUGUGAAUUCGAAGAAGGGAAAGGCGAAAGCCAAGACUUGUUUAGGCUUAAAACAAGUGAAGGGGAGCUUCUGUACGGCCUCAGAGUCAAACUCUGAGCAGCAGCCUCAACCCAAUUCCAAUUCCAAUAUUGGUGAUCAUGAAGCUGCAUCUGCUGCUGGGUUUGAUGAUAAAUUGAUGAUGAUCAAAGACAACAUUGGCUCUAAAAGUGGGGUUGGUUUUAGUGGCAUGUGGGAGGCGAUGAUGAACAACAAUAAUUAUGACAGCUCCUUUUGGUUUUACAAUGAUGACCUUAAUCUAAAUAGCCCUUAUUAUUUAUUGGACCCUAGUCUAGAUGAUCACCAUUACCCUCUUCAAUUUUGA